AUGAUGGUACUACGUGAAGAACUCGCGGGCAUGGGAGCACCUGUCGACGACCGAGACUUCACCGCAAUGAUCAUUAAUUCCCUUCCCGAAUCCUUCCGAAACAUUAUGCGAUCCACGACAGUUGCCAUUCGUGCUACUAGCCAGUUAGUCACCUCUGACAAGAUCAUUGCUGUUGCUUUCGAAGAAGCCGACCAU